AUGAUGAAACUCAGAAAUGAUCAUCAUACUAUACAGAGUGAAAUAAAUGAACUAUUUCGUAUGUUACAAGAAGGUUUUAAUGUUUUGCAUGAGCAAAGUGAUAAAAUACAAUACUCUAUUACUGAAGAAAGUAAAGUAAUAGCCUCACAGAUUGCAGGAGAUGUAGUGAAUGAUAUGGUGCAACAAACUGUUUUGGAUCGACUUAGGGAACAAGGUAUUGUCCUUCAGCAAUUCCCAGGUCCCUCAUCUAGCUUAACAGAUGAGGAAUGGGCACAGAAUCAACUCUAUGAUAUCAUUGUUAACUCAUCUAGAGAGCAAAUAGCUGCAGCCAUUCUUAAAGAUCACGACAAACAUGAGAACGAGGAUGUCGAAGCGAAAGAAAAAAAAAAGAAGAAAAACAAAAAAAUGGGAGAAGAGGGAAAAGAGGAAAUAAAUAGGGAGAGGGAGAGCAAUAAGGAAAUGGAGAUGGAUAAGCAUGAUGAAGCUCGACGCGAUCCUGGGCGUCCUUUG